GAAAAAGCAGCAGCUCAGCAGCAGCAGCAACGACAACGGCAACGGCAGCGACAGCGGCAGAGAUAGCGACAGCAACAGAACAUUCGGCGUUGUUGCAACUACUCGGUUCGGUCGGCGGCAAUGGUGGUUGCAACAGUGGAACCAGUCUCGUCCAGUUUCAGUCUCAUCCCAACGUUCGUGACGGCAACAACAACGUCAACGCUCAGCUCUGUGCAGAUCGGCGACGGUUUCGGUUUCGGUGUUACGUGUUUCGCGUGAGUGUUUGUGUUUGCGUGUACGUGUACGGGUGCGUGUGCGUUAAUGCGAGUUAAUGUUACCAGAUCCAAGAUACAGUUAGUUGCGCAAAAGUAUCUCAAUGCUAGGCGAAACAAAAUGCGGCACCUGUGCACCGGUCGGCGCCAGCUAUGCAAGCCAAGUUCAAUAGCCGUUAAAUAAACGCCUCUGGCUCUGACGGCAUGUAACUAAAGCCAAAAAGUAUCUCACAGCCCAAACGUGCUAAACAUAUCAAAGCAACCCACAAGAUACUGUGCAACAACAACAACAACAAGUUAUACAAAAUAAGAUCAAUCAGAUAAUUGCAACAGCUUCGACUGCAUUUAAUUUGCAUUUACAAAAGAAUAUAUUAAUAAAUUCUAUAUCGCAUUUCUUGAUUGUGUGUGUGUUUUUGUGCAAAGCUUUUUAACUAUUAUAUUUACCUAGAGAAAUAAUAAUAAUAACAAAAAUAUAAAAUAUAUCAAACAAAUCUAAUAACUAUACCCCAUAUACAAUGCAUACCAGCAAAGGAUACAAUCUACAAUCAACUAAUUGAGGCAACACAUAUUUUAAAUCUAGAUCUCACUGCUAGGCCAACAUCAAUCAAUUCACAAUAAUUCUCGGCAAAAUGACGCACAGUUUAGCCGCACAGAGUCUAAAUAAUUCUAGCGACAAAAUGUUCUCCCGCCAGUGCCUUUCCAGCUCCUCCCCGCGCUCCACCUAUCCCCGCUCAAUAUCAACGACAACCCCAUCAUCAUUAGCAUCGAUAUCAGAGUCGCGUCGAAUUCGGCCGACACGAAACUGGAUUGGGAAUGGGAAUGGGAUUGGCAAUUGGAACCUUAGCCUCUUGGCAUUGAUCAUUGCCAGCGGCUGUUUAAUGCUCAAUGCGCCAGCAAUUGCAGCUUUCGAUAUUGCUACAUGCAAUGUGCCUCUGGGCAUGGAAUCGGGCGCAAUCACAGAUGCUCAAAUCACAGCUAGCUCAGCCCAUGAUACGGGCUUUGUUGGACCACAACAUGCAAGACUGAAAACCGAUAAUAAUGGCGGUGCCUGGUGCCCCAAGCAUAUGGUAUCGAAUGCGCUCAAGGAAUAUCUGCAGGUGGACUUGCUGCAGACGCACGUGAUAACCGCCAUACGGACGCAGGGUCGCUUCGGCAAGGGUCAGGGCCAGGAGUACACCGAGUACUAUGUGCUCGAGUACUGGCGGCCGGGCUUCGACAAAUGGCAGCGCUGGAAGAACACACAGGGCAAGGAGAUCUUGCCGGGCAACAUCAACACGUACAGCGAGGUGGAGAACGCACUGCAGCCGAUUAUAUUCGCCUCGAAGAUACGUAUAUAUCCCUAUGGUCAAUACGAUCGCACCGUCUGCCUGCGAGCCGAGAUUGUUGGCUGUCCCUGGGAAGAGGGCAUUGUUUCGUAUAGCAUACCCAAAGGCGUGCAGCGUGGCAUGGAGGUGGAUCUGUCGGACAAGACCUACGAUGGCAAUGAGCAGGGCGAUCGCUAUGUCGACGGCCUGGGUCAAUUGGUGGACGGACAGAAGGGCAAGGACAAUUUCCGCACCGAUAUACAUGGCUUUGGCAAAGGCUAUGAAUGGAUUGGCUGGAGAAAUGAUACGCCAGGCCUGAUGGGUAAACCCGUUGAAAUUGUUUUCGAAUUCGAUACGGUGCGCAAUUUCAGCGCCAUCAUUUUGCAUACGAACAACAUGUACACCAAGGAUGUUCAGGUCUUUGUCCAUGCCAAAGUCUUCUUUAGCAUUGGUGGACGCUACUUCUCUGGCGAGCCCGUACAGUUCUCCUAUAUGCCCGAUACCAUAAUGGAUCAUGCACGAGAUGUUACGAUUAAGCUGCACCACCGUGUGGGCAAAUAUCUGAAAAUCAAUUUGUACUUUGCUGUCAAAUGGAUUAUGCUAUCCGAGAUCAGUUUUAUAUCCGUGCCAGCUAUGGGAAAUUUCACAGACGAACAGGAGCAGCGUAACAAUGCGCCGGGCAACGCGCCGGAUACACGCGAAUAUCCUUUGCAGAGCAACGACUAUCAGCACAAUCAACAUGGCAAAAAUAAGCUGAACGGCGGCAACUCUGGCGGCGACACAAACGGCGGCGCCACUGAUGCCAACGGCAACAACAACUACAACAAUGGGCCACAACUAAUUGCGCCGCGUCCCAUCGAUCAGGAGCCGAACGAGGCGAACUUCAUUGGCGUUGUCAUUGUUGUUCUAACCACAAUAAUUAUACUGCUCGUCGCCAUCAUCCUGUUCAUCGUGUCACGCACGAAGCGAGCACGCGGCAGCAAUGUGCUCGACGCAUUCCAAUAUAGCUUCAAUCCGAACACGCUGGGCGGCAAUGUCGACAAGCAUCGGCCCAAUGGCAAUAGCAUUAAGGCCAGCGUCGACGACAACGAUUCCAUUGGCAAGAACAGCCUUUACCACGAGCCCUUCAAUGUGAACAUGUAUACGAGCGGCGUGAACGGUUACGCAGCGGUUAAUGAUUUACAAUGUAAUAUGACGCCAGACUAUACAGAUGUGCCCGAAGGUGGCUACGCCGUGCCCCACAUGCAGGACUACAUGCCGGCUUCGAAAAUGGCCAAUGCCGCCGGCGUCGGCGGCUAUGUGAAUGUGCGACGAACGCCGCCGCCACCGCUGAGCAGCAUAUUCCCUAGGCCGCCCACGGUGCCGCCGCCGCCCAUGGAGAAAUACUAUGCGACCACGGCCAUAUUUAAGCCCAUCAAGGGCGGCUCGGCUGGCGGCGGCAGCAAUACGAAUACGGCCAGCAGCGGCGGCGGCAAGAGCAGCCACAGCAAUCAGGACCAGCUGAAUGGCAUCUAUGACGAUGGCAUGGGCACCAUGAAUUCCCAGUCGACAGCGCCCAUGAUCAAUCCGUAUACCAGUGGCAAUAGUGCGGCUGCCGCUGCAGCAGCAGCUGAAUUUCAACGCGCCAGAACUUACAAUUUCCGCAGCUAUCCUGAUAAUCUCUAGUUCGAAGCUUCGCUCAAGUUGGCAGCAGCGGAGGCAGCCGUCGCUGGCAGCGAUCUGGCCGGCAUUAAGCGCACCAAUGCCGCCACAACCAUGCCCAAGAAGCCGCAGCAUUUGAGCAUCAGCAGCGGCAACAGCAGCGGCCACAGCAGCACCAACACACUGGCCGCCAAGCCCAAAUAUAGCUUGACGCUGCACAACAACAAAUACAACAAGAAUCCCACAUCGAUGCGCGACAAUCAUCAACAGCAGCAGCAGCAGCAGCAGCAGCAGCAGCAGAGGCAGCAUCUGAAGGCGCUGCGUCUGACACGCGACGUGGGCAACUCAGAAGCCGCAAGCUGCGCUGCUCCCGAUUAUAAGAGGCCGACGCUAACGGGACACUCGCCCGCCGACGAUGUGGGCGUGCAUCUGAGCAGAACUGCGGCACUAAAAGCUGGCUCCGCUAAUGUCAACAGUGAAGCUUCGACUAACCAACCAACAACAACAACCACUGCAAAUGCAACAAAAUUGACUGGAAAUACGAACGGAAAUGGAAAUGGAAUUGGAAUUGGAGUUGGAAUUGGAACGGCACCUGCAGCGGCCAACCCGCUGGCAAAUGGUGCCAUGCGUACACAAAACAACAGGCUGUGGUAUCAUUGAUGAAAACCCCAUAUUAAAUGGAUUUGAGCUAUUGAACUCUACACGGACAUGCAACUAGAAAAUACAAAAUAUGAUAAAGCAGUGUUAAGUACUCACUAUCGUAUGGUACCGUAAAUUGUGUUAGAACCCGCCCCUCCCUUAUAUGGAGAGCACAACGCGUCGAACAAUUAAACCCACUGAGCAAAUGGUAAAAAGAUAUUAAAGCAAAAGAAAAAAUUUAAAUACAAACAAUAAAACAUAAACAAAAUUUAGCUAAAGUCGAAUAUCUAAGCAAAAAUGUAGCGUCGAAUAUAUGCCAACGAAAUGAUAAUGAUAAUGAUAAUGAUACAACUUAUAGAAUACAAUCUGUAAAUAAAUAUAUAUGUAUAUGUAUACCUAGUAUAUAUCACCGUGCAAGAUAAAGGUAGUGAAAAAUGCAUAUGAUAGUAAAGCGAGCUGAAUUUUUAACAAACCUACGAAAAUCAACAACAAAUAAAAAUUUAUAUUAAAA